UUUAUAUGCACGUUUUAGUAAAACUUUUGAUUCAGGAAGUUUACUCGUUGGUCAAUAAUUAUGGAAAAACAAGGAAAUCUGCCUCCUCCGCCGCAGUAUAGUCAAGGAGGACAACAAUCGACAGUGGUCAUCACAUCGCCAGCAAUGUUAGGACCACAGUUUCGGGAGGUACCAGUCCGAACACAAUGUCCAGCCUGUCAAGCUGAUAUAAUGACCUCUACACGAUAUGAAACUGGUACACUGACCUGGAUUAGCAUUGGCGUUUUAUGUUUGUUUGGAUGUUGGUUUGGGUGUUGUCUCAUUCCCCUCUGUGUUGACCCCUGUAAAGAUGUUGUGCACUCCUGUCCAAACUGUAAGCAGAUGGUUGGAAAGUACAACAGGAUGUAACGAUCGUUGUUCAAUGUCACGUGACAUUCUACGUUAGAAAAUUAGUUGUUUUCUUUUUUUAUUAUUCUUUUUAAAGAAUCAUUGCUACAUGAUAUAUAAAUUUUAAUUGAUCUGUGAUACAAACAUUUUAAACUAUUUGUGUUCUCUUCUUACUGUUUUACUUUAUGUUGACAUCCGUUGUUACAUAUUUGUAUAUAAAAGGUAAUACUAUUGCAAAAAACGUGUUUAUUCUAUGCCAUUGUAUCCUUACAAUCAUGCACAAACUG